AUGCUUACACAAAACGAAGAGGGAGUUUUGGGUGAUAAAAAGAAGUCUGCUGUUCAGAGAAGCGUUUUGGAAGACGGGCUGCCGUUCCUAGAGUUCUGUGGCUCUGUUGUUUACAGCUACGAAGCCAGUGACUGUUCCUUUAUCUCGGAAGAUAUCAGGCAGAGUUUAUCAGAUGGGGCUGCUGUUGGAUUUGAUAUUGAAUGGCCACCAUCAUAUACUAAAGGAAAAAUGGCGAAAAUAGCCGUAAUCCAGAUAUGUGUAACUGAGGAGAAAUGUUACUUGUUUCACAUCUCUUCAAUGUCAGGUUUUCCCAAGGGACUCAAAAGACUGCUCGAAGAUGAAACAAUUAAAAAGGUUGGCGUAGGAAUUGAGGGAGAUCAAUGGAAGCUGAUGAGUGACUUUGAAAUCAAACUGAAGAGCUUUGUGGAGCUGGCUGACAUUGCUAACGAGAAACUGAAGUGUAAGGAGAUAUGGAGUCUAAAUGGUCUGGUGAAACACCUCUUUGGCAAGCAGCUUCUGAAGGAUAAGUCUGUCCGCUGUAGUAACUGGGAAGAGUUUCCACUGAAUGAGGAGCAAAAACUGUACGCAGCCACAGAUGCCUAUGCUGGCUUCAUCAUUUACCAAAAGCUGAAAAACAUGAAUAACAAUGACCGGAAGUUAUUUUGUGUAAGAGGAGAUAAUGUGUUGUCGGAAGGUGUGAAGGAGCGCUUGACUUCAGUAGCUGAAGAGAUAACAGACCUGGCUUCUCACAUCCCUGACUCUUCUGGACAAUUUGUAAAUUUGCAGAGGGCUGCAGAAAUACUAGCUGACAUAUCAGAGAAUGUAAAUGCCUUAAGAAGCACACUGUUUGGUUCAGGUUCCCCUUCUGUACUGGAGAGGAGCCGUGGCACAACUCCAACAAAUCUUGAAGCAGAGUCAGCAAAUGUUGAAGCACAGAAACUGGAAAUGCCUGAAUGUGCUAAACAACUUGAAGGUGACUUCAACAUCUGCUCUGAUGCUACACUAGCUGGCCUCUGGGAGGGAGAACUUAAUGAAGAAGAUGCAGAGAGAGGUAACGCUGUUGUGGAAGACGGGGCUGCAGCAGCCAGCUCUGACAAAGCAGACAGAGAUGACUUCAUGUCCCUAGACAUUACUGAACAAGAACUUCAGAUCUUGGAACACCAAGCUGCAAAAGAAUUGGUCAGCAAAGCUGUGCCUGAGGAGGCAUGCUCCACAGACAAUGAACAAAAUAUUUCCUGUGUCAUUGAGAGUGAUGAAGAACUGGAAAUGGAGAUGCUUAAAUCUUUAGAGGAUGUAGAUGAUGCCAAAGGAGUUUUAACUGAAGGAGAGUCCGAUGAAGCCAGGAAGACUCCUGAUGCAGAAUUGAAUGUUACAGCAGAUGGUGAUGAAGAUGAAGGCAUUGAGGAAGAGGAGGAGGAAUGUUUGGAUCCAUUGCUGCCAGUACCUAGUGAAAGCCAUAUCGCAUGUCUGAAGACAUAUUUUGGGCAUUCUUCUUUUAAACCGGUCCAGUGGAAAGUGAUCAAUUCUGUUUUAGAAGACAGAAGAGAUAAUCUUGUUGUCAUGGCAACUGGCUAUGGAAAAAGCUUGUGCUACCAGUUUCCUCCUGUUUACACUGGAUGUACAGGAAUUGUUAUCUGUCCUCUUAUCUCCUUGAUGGAGGACCAGGUGCUGCAGCUGACAACGUCGGGGAUUCCAGCUUGCUUGCUUGGUUCAGCUCAGUCGAAAAACAUGAAAGAUGGCAUCAAGGCGGGUCAGUACAGAGUCAUAUAUAUGACUCCAGAGUUUUGUUCGGGGAACUUAGAGUUACUUCAGGAUCUUGACCAAACUAUUGGUAUUACCCUCAUAGCUGUUGAUGAAGCUCACUGCAUUUCUCAGUGGGGCCAUGACUUCAGAAAUUCCUAUAGAAGUUUAGGCUCCCUGAAGAAGGCUCUGCCAUUGGUUCCCAUCGUUGCUUUAACUGCAACUGCAAGUCCAUCAAUUAGAGAAGACAUUGUGAGUUGCCUGACCCUGAAGAAUCCCCAGGUCACCUGUACGAGUUUUGACAGACCGAACCUGUACUUAGAAGUUGGACGACAAAGUGGAGAUAUCCUUAAGGAUUUGAAGCAGUUCCUUACUAGGAAAGGAAGUUCUGCGUAUGAGUUUGAAGGCCCCACUAUCAUCUACUGCCCUUCAAGAAAGGCCACUGAACAGGUUGUGUCUGAAUUGAUUAAACUCAAUGUGCCCUGUCGUGCAUACCAUGCUGGUAUGGGAAUGAAACAAAGGAAAGACACCCAUCACCAGUUCAUGAGGGAUGAAAUUCAGUGUGUUGUGGCUACAGUGGCAUUUGGAAUGGGCAUCAAUAAAGCAGAUAUCCGGAUGGUUAUUCAUUAUGGUGCCCCUAAGGAAAUGGAAACGUAUUAUCAAGAAAUUGGGAGAGCUGGUCGCGAUGGGCUUCCUGCUUCUUGUCAUGUCUUGUGGACUGCAGCAGACUUGGCUUUUAACAGACAUCUUCUAAAUGAGAUACGCAAUGAAAAGUUCCGGUUGUACAAACUGAUGAUGUUGGUAAAAAUAGAGAAGUACCUUGUGUCAAAUAGCUGCAGGAGGAAAAUCAUCCUGUCUCAUUUUGAAGACAAACAACUCCGAAAGGUUUCCUCUGGCAUCAUGGGCACAGAAGAAUGCUGUGAUAAUUGCAGGUCCAGAGCCUCUUGUUUUGCAGUCCCCAGUGACUCAGAAGGUGGUUUACAGGACUUUGGGAAGCAAGCGUAUCAGCUGCUGUCUGCAGUGACUGCCCUGGAAGAGAAAUUUGGAACUAGACUUCCCAUUCUGUUUCUCCGAGGGUCUAGUUCUCAGCGCUUGCCGGACAGAUACCGAAGACACCCUCUCUUUGGUAGUGGAAAAGACUGGUCAGAGAACUGGUGGAAAUCGCUCUGCCUACAGUUGAUAAUGGAAGGAUUCCUCAAAGAAGUCUCUGGACACAGCAAGUUUGCAACCACAUGCAUGCUUACCCAGAAGGGUAGGAAUUGGCUGUUAAAAGCUGGAUCUGCCUCAAACCCAAGUCUUCUAUUACAGUCCAGCGAAGACCUUAAUCUGCAGAAACCUCCUAGAAGUGGUGCGGAGCACUCACUGGUGAAAUCUUCUCCUUUGAAGCCCUCAGAACCUGUUUCAUCCCGAGAAAAAGAACUAGAGACUGCUCUGUAUGGCAAGUUGCUGACUGCUAGACAGAAGGUAGCUAAUGAGAAGGCAAUUCCUCCAGCUGUCUUGGCAACCAAUAAGGUCCUGGUGGAAAUGGCCCGAAUCAGGCCUACGAGCGUUGAGAAUGUGAAGAGAAUUGAUGGUGUAUCUGAGGCAAAAUCCACUAUGUUGGUCCCUCUGCUGGCUGAAAUUAAGGACUUCUGCCAAGUGAAUGGUUUGCAGGUAUGA